UUACAUAUAUAAAACUUCAUUCGCUGUUUCCAUUCUUCUUCUCUUCUUCCUUUUCCAAUAUUUCAGACAACACAAACACACAUAGGCGGUCUUAUUCUUACAGCACCAUAUCAUUAUACCAUAGCCCUAUCCCUAUGCUACCUGAUGCUACCUAACUCAUUCGAAAUUUUAAGUUUUAACAUCUUAAUUCUUAUCCCACUUCCGUACACUUCCUUUGGCUCCAAAUCCAAUUCUCUCUUGUUUGUUUCGUCAUGAACACAAUUGCCAUCAUUCGCAAUUCUGCUACCAAAUCCUCUCGCAGGGUUCUCAUUGGUUCUUCUACGACUUCAUCUUCUUUCGCUUCCCCUCAUCGAAAAUGUCACCGCACUCUUCUCACCACUGCGAACCAUUUCCGAAUUGGUAGUGCCAAGAAUUUUCUUUACUUACCGUUUUCGAGUCUUUUCCAUUUCAGGAUUAAUUCAAGGCAAUUAGGGUUAGUAAUCAAACCAGAUGAGGAUUUUUCAAGCAUUGCCAGAGUUGCAUACUCAUUCAGUGUUCGGAAUUUCUCAACUUCAGUUGAAAACCGCGUAAAUAACACCAAUUUCGAGAGGAUUUAUGUGCAGGGUGGCGUGAAUUUGAAGCCACAUGUGGUGGAGAGAGUUGAUGAGGAAGAGAAGAGUGUUCCCACCAUAGAGAAGAAUUCAGAGGGUUUUGUGAGUGUGAGUGUGGUGGAAAAGGCGAAAGUUGAGGACAGUGAAGCGGAGAGAGAAGCAUGGAGGCUAUUGAAGGGUGCUGUUGUGAGUUAUUGUGGGAACCCUGUGGGGACUGUGGCUGCUAAUGAUCCUGGUGACAAGACGCCAUUGAAUUACGAUCAGGUCUUCAUUCGGGAUUUCGUUCCUUCUGCUCUCGCUUUCUUGCUUGGAGGCGAAAGCGAGAUUGUCAAGAACUUUCUCCUUCAUACCUUGCAAUUGCAGAGUUGGGAGAAAACAGUAGAUUGCUACAGUCCAGGGCAGGGCUUGAUGCCUGCUAGUUUCAAAGUUAGAACUGUAGCUCUUGAUGGAGAUAAUCUUGAAGAAGUUUUAGACCCUGAUUUCGGGGAAUCAGCAAUUGGUCGUGUUGCACCUGUAGAUUCAGGACUGUGGUGGAUCAUCUUGUUGCGGGCUUAUGGGAAGCUCACUGGUGACUAUAGCUUGCAAGAAAGGGUGGAUGUUCAGACUGGCUUAAAAAUGAUCCUUAACUUGUGUUUAACUGAUGGUUUCGAUAUGUUUCCAUCUCUCCUAGUCACUGAUGGAUCUUGUAUGAUAGACAGGCGGAUGGGGAUUCAUGGCCACCCCCUUGAGAUCCAAGCCUUAUUUUACUCAGCUCUUCGCUGCUCCCGUGAGAUGCUCGCCGCAAAUGAGGGAAGCUCUAAUCUGAUUAGAGCCAUUAACAAUCGACUCAGCGCACUGUCAUUCCACAUUAGAGAAUAUUAUUGGGUGGAUAUGAAAAAGAUCAACGAAAUAUAUAGGUACAAAACCGAAGAGUACUCCAUGGAUGCAACCAACAAGUUCAACAUCUAUCCAGAACAAAUUCCAUUGUGGUUAAUGGAUUGGAUUCCAGAAGAAGGUGGAUAUCUGAUUGGGAAUCUGCAGCCAGCUCACAUGGAUUUCAGGUUUUUCACACUUGGAAAUCUUUGGUCUAUUGUUUCAUCUUUGGGUACCCCUAGACAGAAUGAAGCUAUUUUGAAUCUGAUAGAAGCAAAGUGGGAUGAUCUUGGCAGUCAUAUGCCUCUUAAGAUAUGCUAUCCUGCGUUGGAUAAUGAAGAGUGGCGGAUAAUAACUGGCAGUGACCCUAAGAACACUCCUUGGUCAUAUCACAACGGUGGAUCUUGGCCAACUCUUCUGUGGCAGUUCACUUUGGCAUGCAUCAAAAUGAGGAGAAUCGAGCUAGCCAAGAAGGCUGUCGCAUUGGCCGAGAAAAGGCUUCCCAUUGAUUUGUGGCCAGAAUACUAUGAUACACGAACUGGAAAAUUUAUUGGAAAACAAUCACGGCUAUAUCAAACAUGGACAAUCUCCGGGUUCCUUACAUCUAAGAUGCUUUUGAAGAAGCCUGAGAUGGCAUCGAUGUUAUUCUGGGAGGAGGAUUAUGAACUACUUGAGAUAUGUGUUUGUGCACUAAAUAAGAGUGGAAGGAGGAAAUGCUCCCGUGGUGCUGCCAGGUCACAGAUUCUUGUGUGAUGAAUGAGGCCUUGCAAUAUUUGGACGCAGAGAGCCUAUUGUAUGUACAUUCACAGUUUUACGGUAUAGAAUGUAUUUGAUAAGAUGCAAUGAAAAUUAAAUUGGAAAAUUGAUAACAAUAGUGUUAUAUGUACAAGCAUUUUUAGUAACUAA